UGCUAAGAUCCCACAGCUUCACUGUGCUUCAUUACCAUAAUUCUACUUUUGUUUAUACCAAUGAUUCUGCCUACUCUAACUUCUCCGCAACCGUAGAUAUGGUGGAAGGGAUUGUAAACAAAGGUGUCUAUAUCCCAAGCAUCAAGGGGGAAACCUUUCUCCUUUUCGGAAACUCUCAAAACUCUUGCAUUAUUAACCAAGAAUUUUGUGAGCCUGAAGAUGUCUCUUGA